UUAUGUCGAUUCAGUCAAUUUUUGUGCAUAUGUGAACGCGGGUUGAAGAAUAUAGUUCCAGUUGUAGCAUGUACUUGCUGGAGGCGUGUGUCUUCGAUAUCCAGAAACCAUAAACAGCAGAAACAGAAUACCUUCCAACUAUGGCCAACCGAGAAACUUGUGUGUCAUUGACACUUCUGAUCUUUCCUUGGAUAGGACUACUAUCCUCCUGUACAGCAAGCUUUGCUCCAAACCCUGAAGCUCUAGCCCUCCUCAAGUGGAAAGCCAGUCUUGUGAACCAAUUAAUUCUCCAGUCAUGGCUACUUUCUUCAGAAAUUGCCAAUUCCAGUGCCGUAGCUCACUGCAAAUGGCGCGGAAUAGCAUGUGAUGAUGCAGGAAGUGUUACGGAGAUAAACCUUGCAUACACUGGCUUGACAGGUACUCUUGAUAACUUGGAUUUCUCUUCCUUUCCGAACCUUCUUCGACUUGAUCUUAAAGUAAACCAACUUACGGGCACCAUUCCGUCCAACAUAGGCAUCCUUUCCAAACUCCAAUUCCUUGACCUUUCCACUAACAAUCUUCAUAGCACUUUGCCUCUUUCACUUGCCAAUCUCACUCAGGUCUAUGAGCUUGACUUUUCUCGAAACAAUAUAACUGGUGUACUAGACCCGCGCUUGUUCCCUGAUUCGGCAGGCAAAACUGGCCUUGUUGGUCUCAGAAAGUUUCUCCUGCAAACUACAGAGCUUGGUGGCAGAAUUCCUGAAGAAAUAGGAAAUCUGAAGAAUCUGUCUCUUCUAGCUCUAGAUGAGAAUUAUUUUCAUGGUCCUAUCCCUCCUUCUAUCGGAAAUUUGAGUGAGCUAACCGUUCUACGCCUUUCCAGCAAUCGAUUAUCAGGGAAUAUCCCACCAGGUAUAGGAACUUUGAACAAGUUAACUGAUUUGCGCUUAUUCACAAACCAAUUAUCCGGUAUGGUACCUCCAGAAUUGGGCAAUCUUUCUGCAUUAACUGUUCUACAUCUUUCUGAAAAUAGCUUCACUGGCCAUUUACCACAACAAGUUUGCAAAGGUGGAAAGCUAGUCAAUUUCACAGCUGCCUUCAACAAUUUCUCCGGUCCAAUUCCAGUAAGCCUAAAUAACUGUCGUACCUUGUACAGAGUUAGGCUUGAAAAUAACCAACUGACAGGAAUUCUACACCAAGAUUUCGGAGUGUAUCCAAACCUCACUUAUAUUGAUCUGAGUUUCAACAAAUUGAGAGGGGAGCUACCCGCGAAAUGGGGAGAAUGCCGGAACCUGACACUUCUCAGAAUUGCUGGAAAUAUGAUAGGUGGAAAAAUUGCUGUCCAGAUUAGUCAGCUGAACCAGCUAGUAGUGCUUGACCUAUCUUCCAAUCAAAUAUCGGGAGAGAUGCCCGCACAACUUGGGAAAUUAUCCAAAUUGUUGUUUUUAAGCCUCAAAGGUAACAGGUUGUCGGGUCAGGUGCCGGUAGAAAUUGGAGAACUAUCCGACUUGCAGUCUUUGGACCUCUCUAUGAAUAUGCUAAGUGGGCCAAUCCCAUAUCAAAUAGGGGACUGCUCUAGACUUCAGCUGUUAAGCUUAGGGAAGAAUAAGUUGAAUGGGACGAUCCCAUAUCAAAUUGGCAAUCUUGUAGCAUUACAAAAUUUACUAGAUUUGAGCUAUAAUUUUCUCACCGGAGACAUACCUUCUCAGCUUGGAAAGCUUACAAGUUUAGAACAACUGAACCUAUCACACAACAACCUUAGCGGUUCAGUUCCUGCUUCUCUUAGCAACAUGUUGAGCUUGCUUGCUAUCAAUCUCUCAUACAACAGCUUACAGGGUCCACUUCCUGAUAGCAACAUCUUCCAUACGGCCCAGCCAAGUGCUUACAGCAACAACAAAGACUUAUGUAGUGCCUUUGUUCAAGUUUUGAGACCCUGCAAUGUCACAACUGGUAGAUAUAAUGGUGGAAAUAAGGAAAACAAAGUUGUCAUUGCCGUUGCUCCAAUAGCCGGUGGGCUGUUCCUGUCACUUGCAUUUGUUGGUAUUCUUGCAUUUCUUCGACAACGGAGUUUAAGAGUUAUGGCAGGUGAUAGAAGCAAAUCAAAGAGAGAAGAAGAUUCGCUCGCAAUGUGCUAUUUUAAUGGGAGAAUUGUUUAUGAAGAUAUCAUAAAAGCCACAAGGAACUUCAGUGAUAGUUAUUGCAUCGGAGAGGGAGGAAGCGGAAAGGUCUACAAAGUAGAAAUGCCGGAUUCUCCAGUAUUAGCAGUGAAGAAGCUAAAACAUCUGAGCAGAGAGGAAGAAUUUGAGAGGAUAAAUAGUUUCAGCAAUGAGGUGGCAGCUUUAGCAGAAUUACGCCAUCGCAACAUUGUGAAACUCCAUGGAUUCUGUUCUCGAGGAAGACACACAAUUUUGGUUUAUGAGUACAUCCAAAAGGGAAGCUUGGGAAAUAUGCUGAGCAGCGAAAAAGGAGCCCAGGAGUUGGAUUGGGAAAAGAGGAUCAAAGUUGUCAAAGGAGUAGCUCAUGCUUUAUCUUACAUGCAUCAUGACUGUAUUCCACCUAUAGUUCAUCGAGACAUAUCAUGCAACAAUGUUCUGUUAAACUCUGAACUUGAGGCUCAUGUUUCGGAUUUUGGCACUGCCAAGUUUUUGAAGCCUGAUUCAUCUAACCGGACAACAAUUGCAGGCACAUGCGGUUAUGUUGCUCCAGAGCUGGCUUACACAGCAGCAGUGACUGAGAAAUGCGAUGUUUAUAGCUUUGGUGUUUUGACAUUAGAAGUUGUAAUCGGAAAGCAUCCAGGGGAACUCAUAUCAUACCUCCAUACAUCAACUAAUAGUUGCAUCUACUUAGAAGAUGUGUUAGAUGCACGCCUGCCGCCUCCUUCAGAACAGCAGCUUUCUGAUAAACUAUCUUGUAUGAUAACUAUUGCACUGUCAUGUAUACGAGCUAUUCCUCAAUCUCGACCUUCAAUGAGAGAUGUGUGUCAGCUCCUUGAAAUGGAGGCCAGUCCUUUGUAAUUAGUAAAUACUACUGAAAGCUUCUAAUCCUGUACAGCAUUUCAGUAAUGAACUCAACAAUUUUCUGCCCUUUUUUCAUUU